AUGGCUGCUGUAACAAGCCCGGAGACGAGCCCUCAACCCCGGGUGUAUUUCCAGACGCCGGCCGGCACCACAGAGGAGCCGGAGACACCGGUUCGGAAGCAGGGACGAGUAACCGUCAAAUACGACCGCAAGGAGCUGAGGAAGAGACUGAACCUGGAGGAGUGGAUUAUCGACCAGCUAACGGACCUCUACGACUGUGAGGUAAAGACCCAAACAAUAACCGGCCACGAACCGAUCGAAGGUAUUGAUCAGGCGGCUCGGCUAAGUAAUUGGGCUCCACGGUACAGCCCAUAAGUCAGUUUAUCAGGUCUGGAACUUGUCGGUCUGUCUCUUCCUACAGCAAACUGUUGAUAAAGCAAUAUAAAAAGGCCCUUUGUCGCUGCUUUUGGCCUACCCUCGCUUGUUCUAUAGCCUAUAGUAUGCAGGCCAUAUGGAAGCAGAUGAGGUAAUGUGGGGGGGAAUUAGCAGGGGGGUGUGCACAUAAAAAAGAAAAGGAAAAAAAAGCCUUUAAACUUGAGGCGUUUAAAGGUAACAGUGAAAUUGUUGCGACUCAACUCACUCCCCACGCUCACAGGUUGGCUAAAUGUAGCUGAAGAUGCUUUAUAGCCUCAUCAUGAAACAAGCGGCAUGUGCUCCCUGCUCUGAUUGGCUAAAGCUGUUUAAAGCACACCUGUGAAUUAAUUGAAUCCAAUAUGAUUGGCUGACCGGAAUGUACCACUUAUGUCAUGCUGUAAGGAGGAAAAUAAAUUUUUAAGUAGCUUCUGCAGAGGUGUUUGAUGAUUUGGAGUUGUUACCAAUGAGUUAUAAUUGUAAAGUAGUUGAAAGUCUUUGCAGAAAUAGUUUGAAAAGCAGAGUGUAAAUGUCUUUGGGUUGUUUUUGCAGGAAUUGUUGUUAAAUGUAACUAGGACUGGGCAAUAUGGUAAAAAUUUUAUCAUGAUAUAUUUUUUUUCAUAUCAGUGGAUAUCGAUAUAUAUGACAAUAUAAGAAAUGAAAUUUAACAGUGCUUAUUGGUCUCUACAUCUGUGAGGUCUUUGUGUCUCUUCUACGUUUUGUCCAGUGUUGUUUUCGUUGAGAAAAAUAUUUUGUCAACGCCUGUUUUUUUUUUUUUCAACGACGAAGACGUGGCGUUUACGAGCUAAACAUAAGUCUUAGAUGACUAAAAUGUGACGAGACGAAUGUGCAUUUACGUUGACGAGACUAGACUAGACGAAAACGUUAAUAGUGGACGACGGACAGAGUUGCAAAAUUCAUGAGCAUUUCGUCAAAUGCUAAACAUAAAUUCUGCAGUGUUGUUUUUGUUGACGAUGACGUUAACGGAAUAUUUUCGUCAUCGUCAACGAAAACAACACUGGUUUUGUUACAAGACGUUGCGCUAAAGAAAGCGGACUGAGUAGUCGUUUGUUUCCGCUGCACAGCCGCCAUGGGCUCCUUAAUAAGAUUUGAGGUAUUCCCCGACUUUGCGAGAACAUGUACUCGUCAUAAUUUGCAGUGCACAUUACUCUGCUUCAUAUCCGACCUAAAGAAAACAAAAUAUGUUUUCCGGCCAGUGUUGUCGACGAUGUUGUCAUAUGUUAAACCCUUAUCUGCAUUUCUGCUGGGAGUAGUACUCAUUUUCUUUUUUUCUCACUGACAGUUCUGUCGGCUCCACAUGUUAAAGUGCUAUUGUUGAGUGUAGCUGCUGUCUGACACUACGCAGUUGUUUGCGACUCGGUUCUAAUUCAGCACAUGAUUGGUUCAGCACAAAGAAACUCCCCUUUUCAUUGGCCACUCGUAUAGUCUACCAAAACAUGGCAGAAUGCCAACUAUUAAAAAGCAAAUUGACUAUGUUUUAUAUUGAUAUCAAGGGAAAUUAAUUUUCGAUAUAUAUUAUCGAUUUAUCGCCCAGCCCUACAUGUAACAUCAUUUUAAUUGCAAACUUUAAAGUAAGGCUAAAUGUAACCAGUGGUGUGGGAGACACUUCUUUCAGACAAAGCUGUGGUGGGCCAACACAAGAUAAACGAGGUGAUACUGAUGAGUCAAGGUGGGGGGUCUCUGCACUAAUUCUUGUCAGGGGGAUUCUCUUAAUGAGUCCCUGUAGUAAUGAUGAUCAGUUCUAGCUAGCUAACUGAACACUCACUCUAUCACACAUCAAACCCUUGGUCAGGGUGACGCAUGGCGAUCCAUGCAGUCAUAACGUUUCCUGACGGCAGCUGUGGUGUGGCUGCUGGCGUCAGUAGUUGGUAAGCUCAUGCCGACUCUACUGAGCUGGCAUUGACCCACAUUCUAUUCCUAGCGUGAGGAAUACAACGACUUAACACGUUCAGAGAAUUCCUGGUAGGCUAACUGUGUGAGAAGAGUCAGGAGUGCAAAAGGCUGGAGGCGAUAUCACACAUUCACAUACAAGGUUAGGAUGGUCUAUGGAGGAUUUAAGAGUUUGACUUUGACUUUGUUUGUGCAGAGGAAAACAGAAAAAAGGCAAGUUAGUUUCUUGCUCUUGUUUUCCAAAAGUUUCCACUCAUCUUCAGCCUGGAUGUACCUGAGGUUCUGUUGUACCUGCGGUCGCCAACUGGCAACAAAAACUCUUUAGGAGGUCCGGAUGUCCCCACAUUAACACGUAGAAGUCCAAAAUCCAAUCUGACAAUCUCUAACUUGUUUUAACCAGAUACACGCCUCUGUCAAACAUGAGUGUAGCUGUGUGUCCACUUAUCUUGAAAACCGAUCCCCCUCUUAUGAUGUAGUGUAAAAACCAGAUCUUGUAUCUGGAGUUCUUGUUUUCAUCCUUUUUUCCAUUGAGUUUUUAUUGUGGCGAGAGAUGUGGGUGAUAAUAAAGUAGCAGGGAUAUUAUACUACAGAGACCCACAUGCCAGCAGAGGUGAUUAAAUGGCCUAGAGAGGAUUUGAAAUCAAUGCGCUUUGAUUGUCUGCCAAUAAUUGAUUAAAUGCAUUACUAUAGAGAGCUGUGCCAAGUCAAAAAGUAUGAAUAAAUAAGCUCUGGAUUAAAAUGCUCCCAGCCUUUAGUUUGACCUUUUAUAAUUCACAAGAUAAAUGUUUUUAAGAAAUCCAAUCUUUCUAUUUGCUUAUGAAUAAUCUUAUAGUGCAGGACCCAGGUAGUUGGUAGCAGAUAGUGCACAGGAUAGAUAUUUCCAAGGGUAUAUCAGUAAUUCAUUGACUGAUCCCUCAUCCAUCUUUCAUUCACUAAUCCACUUGGUCUUUCAGUCACGCAUGCUUUUAUGCACUGAUGCUUGAUUGUUAGUCUGUUUUCCAGCUGAACAGGGCCACACAUGGUCUGAAGAGCCACACAAACAGGUGCUGCAGUUGCAAAUGAGACCUUAGAGAAUGAUAGUAAGAAUCUCAUUAAGUCAUUUAAAGUCAGUGAAGAUCUUAUAAAAACAGUUUACAGGUACGCUACAGUUCUCUUGUUCAUACAUAGUAAUGAUGCCUAUUUUCUGCUACCAUCCAUCCACAGUGGUUCCCCCCUUUUCAUUGUCACUAUCCCAUCCCUGCCUAGACAACAAAGAGAUUAAUUUACAGUCGGUUCACUCAUGGAGACACGUUGGGCUCAUUUAGACGGUGAAAUGUGGAGCACGUGCUGCUAAACACUGUAACUGGAGAGGCAGCUCUAGCCGGUCAGAGAGCAGAGUGGGUUUUUGGAAAACCCUGUUCACUGACAAAAGACACAGAGCAUGUGGCCUUGAAUCUGACUCCUGUUUUCUCUCCCUUUACCGCUCCUUCGCUUCAUCCUCUUCUUUCUUGUCUUGUGACUCAUUUAAUACCCCCGUUCUUGUAAUUACUCAACAUUAUUUGCCAUCUUAUUAUUUCUGGUCUAUUCUGGAUGCAGUUUUUGACUAUUAAUACAACCACAUGGAGUUUGUUCAACUGGGAAUUCAUUAUGAGCUAUUUCCCCAUUCAUAUAAUCCCCUUUAAACAUGCUACAAGCAGUCAGCCAGUCUUUUUCUGCCAGCUAGCCUGUCAGAUUUUCAUCCAGCCACUUAGUCAGCCUACCAGUCAGAGUUGCUAUGGGUAAUAGUAAGGAGCUGGGCCUUAAUAUGAUUCCAUGGCAACAAGGCUUGUAAAAAAAAAUGUUUAUGUUGGUUAACCACGCAGUGGAAAAUAAGGUUGCAUCCUUUUAGUAAAAGAAAGCUCAGUGAAAUCCCAUCAUUUCCCAGAAGCCCCUGAUUCCAUUGUCUUUCUAUGAGACAUUAUAAUUAGAUCAUUUCAAUUAUUAUAAUGGAAAGCUUUUGUUAAUACCUGCAGAUGAUGUUAAUGUGCCAUUUGCUUUGUGGAAGAAACAAUCCCUUGGAUUUGUCAAGAUGCCCAAUGAUUCCCGACCAGAGUACGGCUGCAGCUGUUCGAGGGAAUGUGGAAAAUGAAGAUUGGGCUGAGUACUAUGAAGGGGGGAAAUGAACACAUUUUAUGCUUAUAUAGUAGUUGACUAUAUGUGAAUGUAAGCUAGCUAUUGAGAGUGGAAAAAAGCAGUUAACUGGCAAGCUAGAAGUCUAAUGUAUGGUAAGAAAGGAUGGUUACAUAUAACUAGAAGUUCAGGAAUAAUUAUGAAAACAGUAAGCAAGAAACACAAUGAGAGUUGAUGCCACUAAAAGAAUUGAAAAACUCCACCAAUACAGUGUUUUACUAUGUAUUCUGGACUUGCAUUACUGAAAAAAUUUCAUAUCAUGCAAUGCUGGACAAAGUUUAUUUUAUUUGUUUGUGUCUGAUUUUGUUGCUUACCUCCUUCUUUAAGACCAGAGCAAGGAGGAAAGACAGUAAUAUUUACCAUCAACUAAAUACUUUCUUCUAUUUAGAUUAGUCUAACUUCAAAAAAGUAACGCUAGCUGAUGCCCAUGUUUUCGCACACUACAGACAAUUAGUUAGCCUCUCGCUAACUUGUUCUUGAUUGUUUUGGUAAGCGAUAUAAUAGGAAAAUUAGAAAGAAGCUCAAGCUAAAAAACGGUCACGAUCCCACCCUAUUUGUUAUCCACAAUGUUAUUGAAUUGCAUCCUUUAUCAUUACUUUGAUUCUAUUGAUUAAUUGGAAAAUUAAUAGAAAUGAAUGAAUAGCUAAAAGACGAAACUUGUAUAGUUAUGAGAGUAAUAAACUGUUAUAUUAAAAAGUAAUAAAAUGGGUGAGAGAAACUGUUGGUUUAGUAGCCUUUGGAUCAGUGGUGAAACAGCUUGAAGUAGGCCUUGUGUCGUUAGCAUCGAGUAAGAGAUAAAAGCUUUUAAAAUCACAUGAAAGUUAAAGAGAAAUGGUAAAAACAUCUCAACAGUAUGAAACCCCUUGAUUUAAUGUUAAGUUAAUGUCCCGUUUAAAAUCCAUUGAUAUUAAGCACAAUAAGUAGCUUUGUGAAGAGGGUUAUUCGGGGACUUGCGUUCAUGGAAUAUGAGUGUGCAGUUAAAAAACUUGAAUUUCAAAAUUUCCACCUUUCACAUUAUGCUGAAUUCCUGAUUUCUGGGUAUUGAGCCUCUUCAGUAUUUCUGCCUUUUUGUAUUAGUAGAGCGUUAGCUUCUGCUUGGAAAGUAAAGCAGGGAUUACUCUCUCCAAGUUCACAACUUCGACAAAAUUUCACUCUGGCCUUGAAAUUACCGUCUCCAUGGUAACUGUGCUGUUAAAAUUUGCAUUUGUCAGACUUAUUCUCUCAGUUGUCUGGAGCUUACCGGUAUCUACAGAGUUAACAGUGGAGCGAGUGGGCGGACCAAUCCCCAAACUCCAGGGUCCUACGUGGCCACACACACACACACACACACACACACACACACACACAUCCACACGCAAACACAGAUGGGGAUAGGAGCAGAACAGAGGCAGGAUUGGUGAGCGAGAAUGCAAUAAACGGGGGAAGAAAAGGAAAAAAACCUACAGGGGAUGGCAAGAAGAGUAGGAAAAAGAAGUGGGAGUGGGCAGGGAUGUCAGAGUGGGAGAAAGUGUUUUUGUAACAUGUGUCCUCUGCUAUUACUUUCUUUACACUCUUAAGGGGGAUUUCACAAGUUGUAUAAUGGUAGUGAUCUUCAGUUGCCCUUCAUGAGCACUGAAAACAAUGCAGUGACUUCUGUUCGGACAUCACUUUCAAAGAACAAAAUGACUCUUUCUCUCACGACACAUUUGUAAAUGUAUUAUUCCUUGCUAUUGUUUAAUCCCCCUGUGGUUUGUUGUCUUCACAGCCAAAAAUCAAUCACAAAGGUGAUGUUUCCUGUCAGGUCAACAUGCAUCCUGGUGUUGCAUGUCAGAGGUGAAUGUGUGAGGGGAAGCCCAGUUGUUAGAACAGCUGUAAUUUCAUACAUUUUCUGCUCAUGGACUAAGUUGGCAUCAUCACCUUUUUUAAAGGACACAAAAACAUAGACAGGGUGUGAAAUAUGUGCUUGAACCUUCAACUUAAAGGUCUGAAUACCAAUCAGUAUUACCCGGUUUCACUCAGUCUGCAUAAGGGGGUGACUACAAAGAGUGGUUGUUAUACGGCGGGAGUGAAAGACUCCAGUGUGUCUUUGUAAACACCCCCAUGCCAGCACACACAGACACACACAGAUUUGGACAGGGACACACACACACACACUCACACAUCGUGUUAAUAGGUUGCAUGUGGUUGUACAUUUGUACGUAAGACACAUGUUUCGGGAUGAGUCAGCGAACUGUAUCCUGACCAUGUGAGGUUUUAUAAAGAAUAAGUCAACCAAGUUAGAGAUAAGGCCAAGAAUAAUUUUAGUGAGCGAGACAGAGCAUGUGUUUAGGUCAGUGUGUGAGUAAGAACGGAAGGAAGUAAAGAACACCGAGCACGAGGAGGCACAGAUGAAGAAAGAUUGGGAUGAGAGAGAGAGAAUGAGGGAUGUGAGUCAUUCAGGGGAAUGUUUAUGCAUGUUAUUACAGGAAGUGUGUCAGAAACCCAAACAGUAUUCAGAAAAAUGGACAACAUUAAAAUACCAUUUUCCCCAAAAAGACAACUUAUGUACUGCUUGAUUUACACAAACGGCAUGUAGGCCUGGAAACCUUCCUUUGUCAACUGGGUAGGUUAUAUUAAUGUGUAAACGGUUAAUCACUUAAGGAAGUCAUUUUUUCCUUAGGCAAAAUUCUUGUCAUUAUAAAGGUCCUUACACACCAGGACCGAUGCAAAUAUACAACGUGAAAUUACGAAAUAUUCGGAGGCGAAUUUUGACACGCCUGACUAUACACAUCAAGCCCGAUGAGAUUUUGUGACUUUUCGGGGGGGAAAAAGACGCGUCCCAGGUGGAAGCUUACGAGCUCAAGUUACUUAGCACAGAUGAAAGUUAAAACAAAGACGUUUAGCAAAUUGUUAAAGCACACAAACUAUCCUUCAGGUCGCUAUCUUUGUAAUGUUUGUGUCUUUUAUCAAAAAGCACUCUGUUCUCCGACACAUAAACAUAAACAGGCCAUGUUGGAUAUACCGGUGAAUCUGACGUCGCAACAACACGCAAUCUGAUUGGUCAGAAGUGGACACACAGAAUGCCAAGCUUUAGAAAAUAUGACAGUGAUACAAAUAAAUAAUUGCUGCAAUAUUGCAGGAUGGGAAAACGUCGCUGAUGUGAACGCUUGUAUUGACAGGAUACAGGUUCGAAAAAAAAUUGACGUCUGAAAUAAUCGCACGUCAAAAACGGUCCUGGUGUGUAAGGACCUUUAGGCAGGGGACUCUGGAUUGUGGUGUUUGAUGCAGACUGCAGCUGCAUGUGAGCUGCUGGUGUCCUCUGAUUAAGUUCAGUCCUGUAAUGCUGUUGCUAAGUCCCACUUUUGACAGCAAUAGUUCUCUAAAUUUGUCGCCAGGGGUUCAGAGUGGACAUUCCACAUGGUAACACGGGAUUUUCCCUGAUCUCCAGUAAGUAUAGAAGAUUCUUCCCCUACUGUCUGCUCUGUCAAGUCUAGUUCUAUCCUUGAAAACUAUCAUUCAAAUAUGUGUCCUAAACCACUUUUGAGUUUAUUGUAAUUUUGCUUCUUUCAAAGUAUAGUCCGGAAAAUUUUCCCAAAAGUUGACUUGGAUGCUAAUGUAAAAUAUUUGGGACAAACCAACUUUAGAAACUACAGUUUGACCAUCGUAGUGCAUAAGAGCAGUGUAUUGUGUCCCAACAAACAAACAAACAAGUAAUCUAAAAAGUACCCAAGUAUAAUGUCAAUAAACGAUUGCUAUGUCCACAUGCAAAUGGACUCAAUUAGUGGGCAUGAGUACAUUGGCAGUUAUCAUUCGGUCGUUAUUUUCGCACUAACAUUGGUGGCAAGAAGACAAAUGGUAGCAACAGGUGUAAACAUCCUUGUCUUUGAAUAAUCCCCAAAUUAUCCUAUUUGAUACUAUACGAUCUAAGACACACCUUUUUUUUUUAAUAUUAUAUAGUCAAACAAAGAAAAAGUCAUUGUUAAAAAGCCCUGUGGUAGUUUGAGUGCGUGGGUUAUGCAUUAACAUGUGCCUUGUCAUGUGUCGCAGGGUAGUCAGCACAUGCUUAACACCUUCCCUCCCUGUCAAACCCUCCAGUAUUAUGUUUCAGUUCUAGCUAAGCCUGAUGAGCUUGUCAUUCCAUCCUCUAACUGUCACACACGAUAAGGCUGUCGGUCAGGUUUAAAGGGUUUAAACAAAAGCAUUUUAAGUCGAUGAUCACGCGUCAACAGUUGCAGUUAGCUUGAUGAGGAAAUAGGGAUGCCUGCAGCUAACACAGUACCAGACAGUAACUAGUUUAGUUCUAUUAGACAGCUUACAAAGUUGUGCUAAACAGGUUUGUACGUUACGUUAAUGAACCCUUUCAUCUACUGUUGAUUCACACGAGCACUCCUCUUGGUCCAUGUCUGGUCACUGGGCUUGGUUAGUAAUUGCGUUUUUAAACUGCACACAUGCUUUUAAUAGCAGUGUUGCAAUAGCUCAAGCACCCAUGAGACGGCACUUUAAAGGCGCAUAAGAGUGGUGUAGCUUGGAGCUCAAGCCAGUGUUAUUCUUAUGUGACUCCAGGGUGUUUCAAAUGAGCACUGCUACGAGGCUUUAGUGGUUUGUGUUUGUUUGCCUCAAUGCUGAAAACAUAUUUGAACAAUGAAACUGACGAAGCUACUGUCUGAAAGUUGCUACUAGCAUUGGAAGCAGCUUGCAUGCACCACUUGUAAAGAGGCAUUAUCAUCACAAAGUCUCUUUGCAACCAAUGCCAACCCCCCUGAAGGUUGAGUGAGGUAACACAGAUCCACUCAGGAGGGUAUUUUAGUCCCAGGAGGUGCAUUAGAGCAGAUGCCAGUUGAGCUGAUAGUUAACUGCAGGGAAGCAAAUGUCUGUAUAUUGCUUUAUUCACUGUUUUUUGUGUAAGUUUGUGUACAGUGUGUGCUUUGUAGGCUGAUGACAAACUGUACUUGCUUGGGUAUGCUAUAUAUUCAAAGGUGAUGAUGGUUGAUGUCAUAUAAGUAGUUUUUAAUACAGGAUAGUUGUAGCUUUCAGCAAGAGGUAAUAGUUUGGGUAAAAGGAACAGAUUGUUCAGAGCACUGGCUCGAUGUUUACACCGCCAGUGACCCAAUGUCAGUCUCAAGCAGGCAGACAGCCACAGAUAAAGAGGUCAGACUGCUGUCGCCGUGUUGGCGUCAUAUAUCCUCCAUGAUGUCAUCUCUGUGAGACACCUAACUUAAGCUUUUGUGAUAUGGCAGUGUAAAAAGUCAUGUUGUGUGGGGAGGAAAUAAAUGUGUAAACUUGGUUUGGACCCUCUCUAUCAUUAACUAAAACAUCUGACAGUACAGUUGUAUUCCUUUAAGUGUUGUUUCUCUAGACAGACAGGCCUCUUUUAAUAUAUCAUGAAACACAAAGUGUACAUUUGCCCUUCAGGGCCAAGUCAAAUUCUGCAAUCUGAUUCAGCCGCUAAGCAGGAAGAAGGAACUAACCUUAUUUGGGCAAAGGCCUGAGUGACAGGUAUGAUAAAGUUACUGAUUCAUCAGGAAGGGAAUUAGUCCUGUUCUCUCUCUCACUCAUACUCCCACAGUGUCUGAAUUAGUUUGAGUAAUCACUGGACAAAUCAAAACAAGUUGUUCCCCUCUAGUGUCUGGUUCUUGUUAUCAAGUCUGAUCAGGAUUAAAAAAAAACAUUAAUAGAUGACUAAAUACUUAUUUCCAGCCAACUUUCAAGCCUUUAGGGGAUUGUUUUUUUAUGUACAGAAAGAUUUUGAGUGGAUUAUGACUUUAAUCUACUUAGAGUUGCCAUGAAACCCUUUAGAAUAGUGUAAUCCUGCUUUUGAACAAGCCUUAAAGAAUGAUGGAAUUACCUGGCAGCCUAAUAAAUGACUAAGUGUUCACAAGUGGGCGAAUAAACAACAAAGUCUUUCAACAGCUUUUAUGCACUUUAAAAAUAAAUUUGGCUUCAAGUGUUUAUUUUGUAGUUACACAUUUAAACGAACAAGCAGGUUCUUAUAGGCAGAGAUAAGACACACGUGAAACAUGCAUCUUCAAACUGUUGAUGAUAAAAAGCAAAGGCUCUGGGUCAGAUGGUAUUUUUUCAAAGUUUGAAAAGGACACUCAAGAUAUUUAUCAAAACAUAUGAUUAAGGCCUCUAAACUAUCAUUAAUAAAUAUGUUACGAUAGGGAUUAGCAAGGCCCCAGUUUGGCGAACAAGCUAAGUUGUGUGUUCUUUCGUGUUGUAAAAGGGCCUACACUUUUGAAACGAGUUCAACACAUUUCAGAUUCAACAUACUUCAAAACUAUGUCAACACUGCUGCUUUUGCAAAAUUAAAGAUGAACUCACAGAUGGGGAAAAACGAUUUUUUUGCUCUGAUUUAUUCUUGUUGAGUGUAAGACAGAUGCAAUAUUUUAGCAGGAGCCCCAACAGAGUGGAGCAGUAUGGAAAUAAAUAUAAAAACAAAAUUAAAAGUUAUAAGCAGGUAUAAGUUUACAUCUUUUAAGUGUUGUGAUUUGAGUGCUCUAGUGGUGUUAGUUUAUUUUAGUCUCUUUUAACGAAAAAUGUUAGGAAAGCACAGACCUUUAUUUUCAUUAUUAUUUAUCUCAUGUUAAGUUAUACAGUUAAACAAAGUGUCCUGCCGUUGUCUCUCUCAUCUUACAGAGCUCCACAAUAAAGCAAAAUAAUCAGUGGGUUGAGUUCUUUUACAAACUGAUCUCUUAUCCUGACAAUAACUUGCCCCAGAGCAAGUUACUUGUCUAUCAGAAGUUACCAUGGUGAUAAACUUCGGUCAGCAGUAGUACUAAAAACUCCAUAGGUUAACUUCAUAUCAGCAAAUCACGAUUUAUAGUACACCACUGAGUUUUGAAGCAAAACAUAAAAGCUACUUCACAAAAACUCUCACCCUCAAAAAAGUAUGAGCUUCAGUAAAUGUUAUAUUUCUGGAUAUCAUUGCAGCUUCAUAAAAGUGUGUAGUCUUUUUACACACUUCACUCUGUCUGCUAAUUGGGUGAGAAAGUGCUGCUGAAUCAAACUGAAUACAAACUUCACUCUCUUUAAGAUUUUAAUGAUGUUAGGAUGUUUGUCUUCUCUGGACCGGUCAGAUAUAGAACCUUCUGGUCACAGUAAACAGAUUACUGUCUCGUCUGGAGUCCUGUUAAAGGGUAAUGACCUUAUGGCUGUGGCCACUUGUGCGAACUGUAAACUUCAUUUCUCCAGGAAGAACACUAAGACAAAGCUCUGAUUUAGAGGGAGAUACUUCAUUUUUGAAACAAACAAUAAACAUACUCCAAAAAAAAGUUUCCCUUUCUCUGUCUUUUCAGAGUAUCUUUGCACAACUUUCUUCCUCUACAUACACAGUUAGCAAAAAAAUCUCUUUGUCUCGAAAAAGGAGAUACCAGGGGUUCAACUGCAGAGUAGGAAAAAGUAUAAAAAAGCAGGUCCAAAGGCAAGGGCUGCCUGACAGUGCAGGAAGUAGGGAAAGUAUUAGAAAGUUCUGUUUAUAAUAAACGUGAUGUUUACUUCAUUUAACUGCUCAUCCAAAAAAAAUCAGAACUAUUACUUCAAGGGUUAAACGAUGAUCCUACUUAUUACUAAUACAUAAUAUAUCUCUCAUAGAUACAAGCUAACCUCAAAGAAGUAUUAGGUUGACUUAGUAGUAUAGUUUUAUCCAACUAUCUGUAUUCUAUCUGCUUUAUUUUAUGUUUUUGAUCUGAGAGCAAACUGCCUCAAUAUUAGCAGUCAUUAAUAAGAAAAGUCAGUAUUUGGCUGUUGUUUAAAAAGUCAGGCUUUGUGUGGGUGAUCGGUCUGCAUGAAAGACUUAUAAUUUUCUCUAAUCCUUUCUGAAACCCAAACUAAUUACGUCUCAAUACCUGCUGAGUAAGUUAAAUGGCUCUAAAGCAUAGAGUUCCUUUUGUGGGGUGGAGGAAAAUCAAUGGAAAAGUUGCUGAUUUUUGGAGGCUGAAUGAUUUUGAAGGAUUUCCAAACUCCACUCAUGUAAAGAGCUAAGAUAUUCAUUGAACGGCAUGCCAACUGAAUAAGUAAAUGAUCGAGCCCUCGGGUUGUUUUAGGAGUACUUGCCAAGAGUGACAUAAUUCCAAAUCUGCUGUAAUCCUUGUUUGUAUGCAUUCUUACUUUAAUCUGCACAUAAUCUCAUCUCUUAGACCAAUUGUCGUAGAAAUGACUCUGCUGGCUUGAAGUACUGGCAGAUGUUUGUUUUUUUGUGUGUGUUAACUUCCUUCUCCACUUUCCUGCUGGUUUUUGGUCAGGUUUUUUUAACCUUUGAUCGCUUGUUUUCAUGUUAAUUGGUAAUUGACGGAAUAGAAGGAAAAAUCAAUUUGUUAGAAUGGCCCCAGGCCACUUUUUCCAAUGUUUCCAAAAUACAUACACAUGUGAACAUUCAUCAAUAUCAGCAUGUGUUUAUGAGUUUGAUCCUCAGAUCAGUCGCCUGUUCUUGCUGCAGAAACAAAAGACUGAAGAAGAAGAGAGAGAGAUUGGAGGUAGAGGGUGAGGGUGAGGGUGAGAGUGGGCACAAGAGACACUGUGUGGUUUAUAUAUUUCAUAUACAGUAGAAACAAAGGGGAUUUUUUAAUUAGAGUAGAGUGGGCUGAGCAGAGAUUGAUAUUCAAUGCAUGUGUGAGGGAGAGAGGGGGAAGCUAUACAAGGUGGGUUGAGUAUUUUAUUGUAGCUGGGAAGCAAAGGUUAAAAGUGGACUUCUUCAGUCGCCCUCCAACCGCAGCUUUGGUCAUGUGACAGAUGGCCAAGAAGUGCUAAAUAAGUGCUAAUGUUGGGGCUAACAACUGAAUGUCGGCCCAUCACUUAAAUACUGGUAAUAGCUGUCAACACAGCAGACAGGCCACCACAGCUGCUCCUUUUUCAUUGGUUCUUCAAUAAAGGGAAAUAUGUUCAGUACAAUGUAGUACAAUGCAGGUAAAUAAAACAACGGAACUGGUCAGCAGAAGUAUGGGCACAUACAUGAAGUAGCCGUGCUGCAUGAAAAUUUUUUGCAUUGCCUGGCAACAGUUCAGAGCCAGGGUUGUUGGUAGGCCAAAUGCAUGAGACAGCAAUAUAUUGUUGGAACUUUUGAAAGUGUCACAUGAGAGCAAUAAUGCACUGUUAACUGUGCUGUUAUACUGUAUAUUAUGGCUGUCAUUUUUUUCUGGUACUUGUGCUUUGAUUUAUCUAGAGAUGCAACAAUUCAUUUUUUUUCCGAUCCAAUCUGAUACCGAUACCUGGGCUGGGUCGAUCUAAUACUACUGUUGAAUGAAUGAGCUGUAUACCUUGCCCUGUGAGUGAAGGCAUCAGGCCUGGCAUUGUCCUUGUUAAAAAAGGUACCAUAUUACCGUAGAUAUAAAUUUACUGAAUAUUAUUACACAUUAGCACACAACAAAAAGAAGUCAGACAUCCAUGUAAACAUUUAGUGCAAAAGGAUAGACAGACUUAGAAUACAGAGCAAACAGAAUCAUUGUAUUGCUGUGUAUGAUAUUAAUUAAAGAAAAAAAAAGACUGGAUCAGAAUGCUGGAUCGGCUUCAUUCAUCAGAUAUCCAAUCCAGCUAAUUUGUCAAUAUCGGAGCCAAUAUCCGCUCCAAAUAUUGGAUCGGUGCAUCCCUAGAUUUACCUAAUGUAUGCCUCAUUGAGUUGAUUGAAAUCACAGAGAAUUGUUAGACUUUUACAACUAGGCUUGACUUUGGUGAAACGUUUUAAUAAUUCCACCCAUCUACACAUGUUGCUAGUAGCUUUUCUAUGCCGCCUCCGCUCUCUGUUUUCAUUAGAUCACCCGUCAAUCACAGAGAUACUGAUAUGUCGUGAGACUUUAGUUCUCUUUUGAAAAUAUUUGUGUAGGUGACACUUCUUUCUUUUGCCUGCCCACGCCCAGCUUUGGUAACAGUUUCAGUCUAUCUUUAAUAAUUUGCAUGCUACUGUUGCUGUGGUUGUAAAUGUGGAAAUAAGAGCGUGUCCUGUUAGGUACUACACUGUAAACAGACAUCCGUUUUUAUUCAACUAUGUUAAGCAGCAUUUGCAUUUUUAUUCAUUUGAUUUAGCUUCUCAGUUAGAUGACGACCAAAACUGAGAGCAGGGUGACAUUGGCAGCAGCUGUGGCAAACUGUUGCCCUCAUGUUUGAUCGGCUGAGCUCCAACCCCGGCGGCACGGUGUGGUUGCCAGUACAAGUCUUCUCGGGGAUGGCUGUGUGACCCUGAGGGACUUAGCAGCGUGUUCUCCCUGAGAGAGGCUGCAGCACAGACAUGCCCAGUCAACACAGAAACCACCGAACCAUUCAGUCAGACCAAACAAGCCAAUGUGUGAAUCAUUCAACCAUGGAGAGGGCUUGCUAUGACUAUGUUCUGCUUUUCGGCAGGUCAAGGUUGGGUGACAUUCAUUUUAACUUUCCAAAUAGAUUUUUGAGCUACAUGUUUUUUUUUGGUGCAGUCAUAUCUGCCAGCAAGUCAGUCCAAGAUAUCACCUUGUAAAGACGUGUUUCCACUCUGGUUAUAGAUAUGUUAUUGUCCCCUAAUUACAGUGUAAGAGAAGUACCUAAAUUACUGUGCUCGCUCCUUAAUUAUAGUGAUAAAUGUUUCCUGGCAUCAUGUUAAGUUAUAUUCUGCGCACUUGGAGCCUGUUUGCAUUGGCAUUGGCUUUCUCCUGCAAUAACUCUGAAACAACCCACACAGCACUGGGACACAAUAGCAUGCCUACAUCACAGGCAGCGCACUCUGGAGGCUCUGGUUCCUUUUACUUAACAUGACGUGACCGUUUUCUUUUUAUCUGGAGUGAGAUAGCAGGAAGGCUGACAGGGCUGCAGAGGCAAAACAUACACGGGCUCUUGUAGGAAGUACUCACCCAGGGGUCUAUGUUGUUUUGAAUAGAAAUGAUUGAGUUUGGAAAAAGCAAAGGAAUAAACUUUAAAAAAAAAUAACUGGAAGAUUGACUGCAGUAAAGCAAAUAUGGCCGAUAAAACAGAAGUCUAUGUUGUAUCCUGCAGGUUAUAAUCAGAUAAGUUGGGUUUAGCUGUUUUGCCUGCAGCUUUUUCUCUCUGUUUUCAUAUGAUCCAAAACAGGACAUCAUUUUCUUCCUGAGAGGAAGUACAUCCAGCUGAUUAGAUGUGCAAUAGAGAUGAUCAACCGCACACACAGACACACACUGACACAGUUUGUGCAUGGAGAUUGUGCGCAAGGAAACACACACUAGAUGCAACAUUGGCAUUCCAGACUUGAUUAAGUGGAUUUUAUUGAUUAUGGAUAGUUGUGGUUUAUGUUUUUUUAUGUGUGAAGCCAUAUACGGUAUUUAUGACAACAGCCAAUCACCCAUUAGAACAACCCACAUACACACACAUGUACUGCUACUACUGCGAGAACUACUACUACUACCACUCCUACUGUGACAUCUGUCAUGUUUAAGUGUGUAUUUCAACUUUAACACGCAUAUUUUCUCACCAAGCCCCUUCCCACAGAUAUCACUCAACAUCCCUCCCCCCUGCUAUCUCUCAGGGUCACAUGACCACACAGGAAGUAGCUGGGAACUCUUGUAAUUUAACCCUUUCAGUGCAUCUGGGAAUCAUAAUAAACUUUAAGCUUACUUCCCAGGGUCACACGUUUCAAACCGACUCUGGUUGUGGGAGGGAUAAAAAAGAGGUGUUGCAGACGGGCAAAGCCAACAAUGCCUGUUGUUGAAAAGGCUGCAAAUACCUGAUAAGCAAUCAUAUGGGACAGCUGGGGGGUAAGAGAGAAGAUGGAAAGCAGCAGGCGAUGAGUGACACAAAGCAUCCCCAAUUCUUGCACCCAUGUUGACCCCUCUGUGACUCCUCAUCUCUUAUAAGUGGUGUCAUGCCUGCAGCAAGGUGGCCCUAAAGCUACGUGACACUCUGAGGGUGAUUUAUAUGAGAGUAGCAGGAAGCCCUUGUUCUCAUCAAAGAUUAAGAGACAAGGGUGGGGAGCAUGACAGGAUGCAGGUUCAAGCCCAGUAUUUUUCCAUAACUUCCAGAUGUCAGUAGACAUGACCAGAUCAGUCACAAGGGUCUCAUGAGUUGAUGGCAGACCUUUCAGCUUUUGACCUGUAAUAUACAUUUUGAAAACAAGCAGAAAUAUAGUUUUAAAGUAGGAAUUAGGGCCUGACCAAUUUAUCGGCGAGCCAGUUAAAUCGGCCAGUUUUAGCCCGUUUUGAGAUGAGUUGGUAAUCGGCCAAAACUUGCAGAUUUUCACAGAUAUUUUCAUAAAUAAAAUGCGGAGAAUAAGAUUUCACUUGAAAAUGUUCCACCAUUUGAAAAGUUCCCUAACUUAUCCUGUAGAUGGCGCAGCGACCUCAUGACAAUCUUGAUCCACUUACUACCUCACAGCACAGCAGAGUGACCGAUCUGAAGCAGGCAGCUCAGGGACGCACGGAGUAGAGUGGUCCGCCUCAACGUUAAAUAAACCAGUUUGUGAAAUACACAAUAAGUCAACAAGUUUCAGUUCAACCCACUUCACGAUGUUCCCCUGUGUGCUAGUCUCGGUCAUGCCGAGUUAACGGUGAAGCACCAUGUAAUACGCAAGCUAAAGUAAGAGUUAGCCACCUGCUAUUAGCCUUGCUACACUGUUAGCCGUGCCAGUAACGGUAGAAUAAACAACAGUACACAUUACGUGAUCAAGCUACUUCUCUUUUUGAGGCAGCUGCAUGUCUCCAGAUGAGACUGGACCGGAAAUGAGUAACGUGAGUUAAGAUGCGGAGGCACCGAUCGAGGGGGGUUAGUUGAAAACGCUUUUCUGGUCCCAGUUUGAUCAGUCGGUCUUCCUGUCGGUGCGAAGAGCAGUAGCCUACAGUAUAUCUACAGUAAAUAUUUUUAGAACUUAAUAAAGAAAUUUAAAAAUCGUCCGUGGAAAUGGAAAUGUGACCCCCCCCCCACACACACUAAUCGGUAUUGGCCCCAAAAAAUCCAUAUCGGCCGGGCCCUAGUACGAAUGCACCAAUCUGAUAAUAUUGAGUAUAUGUGUUAAUUUGUUACCUUUUUUUUUUACAAGGCUAAUGUCAAGCCUGAUGCCGUCAGUUACAGGGCAAGGUAUACAGUUCAUUCAUUUAACAGUAGUAUUAGAUCAGUAUCGGAUAUCGACCAAUAUGCUCAGCCCAGGUAUCGUUAUUGGAUUGGAUCAGAAAAACAUGGAUUGUUGCAUCUCUAUUUUAAAGGUGUGUUUGGAUUAUCAAACCUAAUCUUGGGUGUUGUCUUAAUCUGUAUAAUCUUUGUGGUUGAAUUCAUCUGUGUUCUUGAAUAAACAGGCAUGUUUGUACAUGCAAACAGUGUGCAACUUGUAACUGAAAACAAGCCUAUUAGCUCAUCUGUGAGACGUUGGGAUGAGAACUGCAGUUACCUGUUGAACUGCUUCUCCACAUCCUCAGUCAAGUGUGAUUGUGGGAAUCCCUGCGGAGGCACGUAUCAUCCUUAAGCCGCUGCCAUGUUGAAUUUCUUUUUGUUGGUUACACAAGACCUAACUGUUCAUAUUAGUUUAUGAAAAAGUACCACAUGAGUAGGAGCUAGCUGUUGUGCUGUCUCUUCUCCUUCCUGUUUUCACCAAGAUCUUAUCCGACGUGGUCAAAUUUCAUCUGAAUGUUUCAUCUUGCAAACUCGAUUUUUCAGCAACCACAUUCCUGUUCUCAUUUCUCCUUUUAUUGGUGUCAUCCUGCCUGUCAGCGCACCUUAGCGAAUGAGUCAAUCUUCUCUCUGUCUCUGAUGCCCCAAUAAUCCUUUUACACAAUCGCAGCUAAUUGCAAUAGUAGAGCCUUGUGUGCUUGCAAAGCACUGAAUGAUUUAUAGCUUCGGCCUUUUGAUUGGCUCCAUUGGAUAAUGAUGACGAGAGCCAAAGAUUUUCAGCUUUUCUUGUCUGUUCACAGCUGAAAUAAAAAAGUAGUCUUCCAAUACAAGCUGUUGACGGGUAGAUUCAUUCAAUCUAAUUAAAAAAAACUUGAUAUGUGGCAGUAAAAUUGUCUCAUGGAUGCAAGAGUAACAAGAACACACUCUCACAGUAAAACCAUCUCAGCCAUGCCUGGUUAUUUAAGUCCGUUACUGUUCAUAGUCGGCGUUUGCACAUAUUUUGUACCUGUGUCAUUCUGCCAAGUCAACCAGCCUAGGGUGAUAGUUUUAAUGGAGCCCACACAUAAACACACACUCACUCAGCUACGCCAAAGAAAACAGACGCAUAUAAAAACGGCAAAAAAACACUUUCCUGCCGGGACUGACCUCAAUGCAGAGAAAAGGGAAGGCAGUGAAGCAGUGUGAAAUGAGUCUCACGUAACAUACAGAUCACAUGUCUCCACAACUAUUCAGCGAAAAGAAGCAAAGAACAUAAAAGAGGGAGCGCCUGACGUCUGAAGGAGCGCAGAUUAUUCAGUCAAAACAAGCACACGGACACAGGAAUCGGAGUGAAUGGUGACAUUGUUGUUGCCACGCGGCCUACUUUUCCUACUUCUUCCUCAUCCUACUUCCACCGUCUCUAGCCUUCUCCAGCCAUCACUUCCCUUUGUGUCCAGCUUCCUUCUUCCUCCCUGCGCACGACUGAGCCAAAGCGUUUGUUUUUGUCUUUGUUUCAAAAACAGGCGAUCUGCCAUCCUAAAAAUCAGACUAUAAAUAUCCUGGAUUGUUUUAGAAGCAGCUAAAAAAGCAAAAGUGGCUUUUUUCAAUCACCCAUCAUUCAUCUUUUGGUGAACUUUUUAUUUAGUCUUUACAUUCUUAUAAUAUUUUUACUUUGGCCGUUUCUCACACUCAAGUACUUUUCACAUAAAUCCUACCUCAGGAGUCAGAUCUGUUAUGUGUUAUCACUAGAGGACAUGCUGUGUGAUCCAUGUAGGUGGCCUUUGUGACCUACUUACACAUGAAGUAUCCCACAGUGUGAAAGCAUUGGAUUACUGCAUUCACUGCAGACCUGUUUGAAUUUCAUCAACCACGUUUUUAUAUUUCAUAAUAAUAAAAUAAUAAUAAUAAAAUAAUAAUAAUAACAGUAAUAAUAAUAAUGCAUUUUAUUUAUACACGUCUUUGAAAACACUCAAGGUCACCUUACAUAUCGUCAUUCGUGUUUGACCCCACCCAAAGGCGGCCCUAUGGGGCUAACAAGCAAUCACACAAUAGCUGUUUUAACAUGCAACAUUUUCCUCAAUACGGUUGAAAAUAAUCAUAUUAAGUGAAUCGGAUGUGACUUGUAUACAUGAACUUAAAAUACAGCGAUCCACGUUUAGUCAAUGUUUAAAUGGGCCCAGCCGAUCCGAUUGAUUAGCCCCUACGACUUAGCUUGUACGGCAUGUGCAAAAAGCAUCUCUACUUUCAAAGGUUUGAGUGAAGAGGUGCACUUCCAUUUCCGGCUUCUUGUUUACAUCUGGAAAAUGGACAUUGUCGUGUUUCAUCAUUUAAUUAUCUAUUUUAUCGAUUUGUUGUAUUUGGUCAUAACUUCCGGGUUUCCUAUUUCCUGUGAGCAUCGUUAUGUGACCGUACAAACUUGGGCACUUGCGCAGAACAGAUAACCCAGUCUAUCUACCAAAUAUGAUCCAGUCAGCUGUUUAUGUGUGGAAUCAAUCGUAAUGUCAAUCGAUGUAGACUACCUCCUACAAUACGAUCCAAGUGAGCCGGAUUUGCUAUGGUGUUAACAUGAUGCAUUUGUAAUCUGAUUGAAAGUAACAGAAAACACCUUCAAAAUUUAACUAUCAUUUAUCAUAAAUCAUUUUUUUUAAUAAUUCACCAAGAUGGACUAAAGAACAAAUCAAGAAGUCAACUUACCACAGAGAAGGAUCCCCUAAAUGAGAGGCAGCAGGGCAGCAGUCCCCCUCUCUUUUCUGCAGGCAACUCCUUGGUUUUCCCCUCUCAGGAGGACCAGGUGAAGCUGAUCACCAAUCAGUGAGUCCACCUGGAAAACAAAAAGGGGAAAAACAUGUACAAACAUACAGCCAUCUGAAGCUUUAGGGGAUUUCUCAUUUAACAACCACAUCUUUUUUAUAUCUGCACAGUUAAUCUUUCACUGUGUGCUGCCUGUAACUGUGUUAUGUGUAUCUGAGUAGCUACAAGUGAAUCACUGUCACAGUGUUGGAAGGAUGAUCAGAUGUGAGGUCGCUCAGAGUAGUGUGAAAUCAAGUCAGUCUUUAAAAGUGUUGAAAACAUGCUGAAGUUUUUCAUUCCUUCCCUGGAGUAACCCUUACUUCAUCACUUCCCUUUCCAGGGUUGUUUACAGUAGCUAUGUGAGCCUUCUUGUUGCAAUAGAAGUGCAAUGACCUACUUGUGUGUGUGCUGGUGAGAGUGUGCGUAGCUUAUGUUAUUCCAGUAAGGGAGAUGUAUCUGGCAUUUGAUCUGUCCAAGCCUGCAGUUGCUACACAGCCCGCUGUGAGAAUAAUGGUAUCAUGACCUCUACACAUAUGUAUGGGCACUAAUUCGCUCUCAUACUGUCACAUCUCAUUCUGCUCUGUUCUGCAGGCAGCCCCCAGACAGACAGACAGACAGACAGACAGACGGAUGGACAGACAGAGUGUCUGUCUGUUGCUCUCUCCCUGUCUGCCUCAUUGUGGUGGCAUGUGAAUCAUAUUAGCAAGCUUGUCAGAGAGAGUGUAAUUAAAUUCGAAGACCAGUCGCUGCAAAAAAGGUUUAUUUUCAACUGAAUGGAAUCAGUUUGAUUUUGAACUAAUGCUGGGGGGUCGGUCAAUUUCACGUGCAUCGUACCCUGUAGACAGCUGUCAAACAAACUCAGACAUAAAGGCCAACUCUGACAGUUUGCAGCUAUUAGUAGAACUGAUUUUACAAGUCCUUAUGUUAAACUUUUGUAUUAAAAAAAUGGACAAAUGUCCUUUAAUUUUUGGGUAACUAGAGAUGUCCCAGUACAACCUAUCCCCCCCCCCAACUCACUUAUAACACCAAAACUUUGGUCUUGGUUGAUACAAAGGUCCCUUCUAAUGCAAGGUAUUGUCCGUUUUUUAUACCAAAAUCCUACAUAUGCCAUCAAUCAUGCUUAUGUAUGUUGGUAAAAAUGUACCCUGCUCUGUGAAACCAGAAACAGCUAAACUCAAAGACCUACAAAACCUUCUAAAAGAGGCUGUGUAAUGUCAACAAAACACCACAUGCUGGGUUAGUUUUGAGUUUGUCGUCCUCGUUUGUUUCAUACACCCCUUUCAGGUGUCCCAUUCAAACAUUCAAACUGCAAAUGUUUUACAAUUGUGCUGAAAUAAUUCCUGGUCCAGGAUAAACCAGCUUUACCUUCGGUUACCUGCAGACCCCCACUUAUUGUUCCACAAUGCACUGCUUUGUUUAGAACAAUCCAGCAGUGUGUGCCAACAUCUUGUAUCCACCUUUCAGUCCUGAACACAUCUGCAGCCAACAGUGAAACCCCCUCCAGACUCAGACUAGUUCAGUAAGUCAGUCUGCUGGAUUGUUUUGGAAAUCCUCCCUCGUGAUUCCCUGCUCUCUUUGUGUCUCUUCUCUGAAGCCUGUCUUCCGGCCUUUUUUUGACACUGCUCCCUCCCUCCCUCCUCUCUCUCUCUCUUUUUCGCUCGUCUCUUGUCUCUCCCCCUCCUGGGCUUCUCCACUCAGCUGCACCCUCUUUUGGUUUUGCUCUUUAACCUCUUACCUUCCUUCCUCUUGGCGUUCCCUUCCCCCCUUUGCAGAUUUUAACAGUUAGUCAAAUUGUUCUCUAGUAAGCUUUAUUCAAUGGCGGCCAAUGAGCAUGGCGAACAAUUUCAUACAGAGCUUCCUACUAGUAAGUAUGUCACAAAGAAGGAGUAGGAGGCUAAAGUUAGAGUAAAAAUGACAGAUUUUUUUAAAUACAGGUUUUACACUGAGAUUUAUAUUUAAUCCAAAAGACUCUGUUUCUGUAUCCUCAUGUUUCUUUGUCCUCUCCACUUUUUCGUUUUUCUUUCUUAGCCUUUUUCCCCCCACUGCAUGCAGUAGCACAUGGAGCCCACAUGUUGUGCCAAUCAGUCUUUGUGUCAGACUGUGUGUGUGUAUGUGUGUGAAUGCUUCAAUAUGUCUGCAGUGUAAGCAUUUGUGAAUUUGAGUGUGUGUGCAUAUUUCUUUCUGUCUUUUGGGAUUUCAAGUUGAAAUUCAGUAAGAAUACUAGUUUAUGGAUGUGUGCAUUUGUGUGUGUAUGUGUGUGUGUUGGGGUCAGUAUUUAGCACACUUUCUGUCUGCAUUGCUGCUUACAACAUGUCUGCCUGUCAACUUUUAUGAUUGUGUGUGUGUGUGUGUGUGUGUGUGUGUGUGUGUGUGUGUGUGUGUGUGUGUGUGUGUGUUGUCUCUGCUGACAGUAAGUCUGUCUGUCGCCUCCACUCUCUAUCUCACACACACAGGCUGUCCUGCUCAGAAUUAAAUCCUAACACACACAGUGACACCCCAAUACGCACACACACUCACUCCUCAUCCAGCUCAGACAUAUUAAUACCCUUUUUUUUAAUUCCCUCCUCCACAUGUGUGUGGCUGAAGUCGAUGUGUGUAAUGGAAAGCAUGUGUGUGAUAUGUCGAGGACUUAGCGCUUGAAAGAAAACUAGCAUUUGGUCAAUGUGACACUUUAAACGUGCACAUGGAGCAUGCUGCGCCUGUCUGUAUAUGUGUUUUUGUGUGAAUGUGUGUGUGUGUGUGUGUGUGUGUGAGAUGGGGUUGGGGGGCAGUUGGGCAGGUGCAGAGACAGCUGGUGUGGGCAACUCUAACCGAGGGGGAGGACGAGAGCGAGGGAGAGAUUCCUAGAGAAUGACAUGAAUAUAGGGUAGCAAUUGAGCAGCAAAAGAAGGGAAACGAGUGUUUGUAAGCGGGACCGUGUGUGUGCGAUGUUGCCAGUAGUGAAGCACUUUGAUAAAACACACUGAGCUAGUGUGCUUGAAUGAGACAGAUGGAGAAACAGGGGAAGACAAUGAGGCCAUUAAACCGCUUGUUUUACAGCGACAGAUAAGUGGAAAUAAAGAACUGACGAAGACGAGAGGUGUUGAGAGAAACAAAGAACUUACAGUGAACUCGGUUUUCCCUUUUCAAUGUGUGAUAAAGACAUAAAUCUCUUCAACUCCAAUGCCAGUAUCAUGACACAUUGGCAUUUUUAUUAUUAUUUUUUCUGCUAUAUUUGCUUGACGCUAUUUUUUAAUAGAUCAUUCACCACACAGUUUUAUGAUUCACCAUAACUCAGUUUGUUUUACUCUUUUUAGGAGAUAAUACUUUGUAAAGUUAGAAAUUAAAGGGCAAGCUCUUAUAGCUCAAUAAAUUUACCUCAUAAGUCGGCCUUUUUUAAACAGUUACGCUAACAUACCUUGAUAAUUCAUCGAUUUUCUCAGAUUUUUAUCCGACUGAAACGUUCUGCACAUGCUCAAGAGUUCAACAGGAAGCCAGGUAGCAAACAAAACCUUAACAGACAAAGAGGCAAUGUUAAAAAAGAGAUUAUGCCAACAUCCCUGUAACACGUUUUGAAGGUUUAGUACAGCCUCCAACAGGCUGACCUUAAACGUUUAUUGAUGAUUCCAGUUCUUCCAUGAACCUAAGUCCAAAACAUACAGUGGCACAAAGGAUAUUGUUAUUCCACUUUGUUCCUUUUUAAAUGUUCAAAGUCAACACAGCUGUCCACCAGAAGAUUUUAGAGCACUUUAUAAGUCCAUCUGCUAGCAAGCUUUAUGGAAAACACUGAUUUAUUUUCCAGGAGGAUCAGCACCUGCUCACAGUGCCAAAACUACUACCAAAGGUUUUACUUACCAUGAUAUCUCUGUCUUUGACUGGCCAGCCAACUCACCUUGACUUCAUCCCCAUUGAAGAUAUGUAGGCUUUUAAUGUUGAUCAGAGAUUGUUGAAUGAUAUCCAAGCUAGUCUGAGGCCUCAGUGAGUUUAUCUGAGUGACCGACAUGUCUUCAGUAUAAAGUCUAAAGUGUCAGAGCUUGAAUUAAAGAUGGAGCUGGAGAUGUCAUUCAUUUUAAUGGUUUUGAAAGUCUUGUAUGUCAGCUGUGUGAGAAAAAAAUCAUUCAAGUACCAAAGCGCUCGCAUCUAUUUCUGUGUUUUAUAAUUGGAAACACAGAAAUAGAUGCUAAAGCUCUGUGUCAGUACAUAGUUCAUGAUUUAUUUGCAGCAAACUUGCACUAAAGUAUAAAUAUCUGAUGCGGGUCAUUUGAACAGGAGUAGGCAGAUGAACUGAGUUUGGUUUCAUAACACUCUCAGACUUGUAUUUCUCAAAUAGACUAAAACCACAAAUAUCAGAGAAGGGAACUGGUGUUAUAGAAUAUCAAUGUAAGAGCUGCCGAAAACUGAAAGAAACCUACAGUUUCAUAAGGCAUAAGGAGAAACGGCAAAAAAAAAAUUGCACCAAGCUGAAGAGGGCAAACAUUUUCAAGAUCUGUUUCCUGUAAAAAAUAAAGCUAAUAUAGUUAUCUCUUCAGUUCAUCAUGAGAGCCAAUGGGUGUUUUUCCACAUUUGAUUUUACAUUUUCAUCUUUCUGUUGUGAACCACUAAAAGAAUAUGUUUUUAAAUAUCCAUCUCUCGCCUGUUUCUUUGUCUGUCCUCUCUUUUCCCUGCCACAUGUGAUGCAAUGGAAGGAUACUGCCCUCUAGUGUUCAGACAAGACCACUUGUGACUUAAUGCACCACGUCAUGCAGAGACAGAAAUGCCUCUGCUAGUCUAUUUUCAGUAUGAGCACAGUUAGGGACUAAGAAUAGAGUCGACAAUGAGGGUCUCUCUUCAUGUGUCAGUUUUUAAAAAGUUCAUAACUUCUGAAUAUGUUGCUUAAUGAGUGCUUUCCUUUUCUUUUCUUCUGUGUUUCAUAGGAGGAGGCCAUCCCAGAGCUUGAGAUAGACGUGGAUGAGCUGCUGGAUAUGCCUAGUGACGUUGAGCGGGCAGCCAGGGUCAAGGUAAGAUAUGAAUGUAGACUUUUAAUAUAGAUUUAAAUGUUGGAAGAGCUCUAUAUGACUAAAACUCUAUGUUGUCUGUCUGAUUGUUCGCAGGACCUGCUGGUUGACUGUUUUAAACCUACUGAGGUGAGGUUAUUAGUUUAUUUUUAUUAGGGCCCGACCGAUAUGGACUUUUUGGAGCCGAUACCGACUAUAAGGGGGGGAGAAAUCCGAUAACCGAUUAAUCGGUCGAUUUUUUAAAUAUUUUUUACAGUAUUUAUUACAGUAUGUUAUAUACUGUAGAUAUACUGUAGGCUACUGCUCUUCACACUGACAGGAAGACCGACUGAUCAAACUUGGAUCAGAAAAACGUAUUAAACUAACACCCCCCCGGCCACCGCCGAUUGGUGCCUCCGCAUCUUAACUCGCGUUACUCAUUUCCGGUCUGGUCUCAUCUGGAGACAUGCAGCUGCCUCAGUAAGAGAAGUACCUCGAUCACGUAAUGUGUACUGUUGUUUACUCUACCGUUACUGGCAAGGCUAACAUUGUAGCAAGGCUAAUAGCAGAUGGCUAACUCUAACUUUAGCUUGCAUAUUAUGUGGUGCUUCACCAUUUACUCGGCGUGACCGAGACCAGCACAGCGGGGAACAUCGUGAAGUGGGUUGAACUGAAACUUGUUGACUUAUUGUGUAUUUCACAAACUGGUUUAUUUAACGUUGAGGCGGACCACUCUCCUCUGUGCGUCCCUGAGCUGUCUGCUUCAGAUCCGUAACUCUGCUGCGCCAUCUACAGGAUAAGUCGGGGAACUUUUCAAAUGGCGGAACAUUUUCGAAGUGAAAUCGAAUCUUAUUCUCCGCAUUUUAUUUUUCUUAAAAUAUCAGUGAAAAUCGGUGAGCUUUAGCCAAUUACCGAUUAGUCUCAGUAUUAGUGGCCGAUUUAAACAGCUCGCCGAUAAAUCAGUCGGGCCCUAAUUUUUACCCUAACAUCAAUGUCCGUCUUGUAUCUAUGCACUGUGGGGUUUUUUUGUCUCUGACUUUCCAUUGUGUGUUUAAUCUCCUGUAGGACUUUAUCUCAGAGCUGCUCGACAAGAUCCGAGGGAUGCAGAAGCUCUCCACGCCUCAGAAGAAAUGA